CAUAGACAAGGAUGAGUGCCGAGCGAUGUCUGGGUCUGAGAAAAAAGUCAACCUGGUCCAGGUGAUCCCUGCCGAGUCAGAAACAGACGUCCAUGAGGCAGCGCUCUCGUACGAGUUCACCAAGGAUGAGCAUACCCUCACCUUCUGGGCCGCUGCCCGGCGGCACUGGCCUGCUCUGGCAUGGGGAAUGUUCAUGAAUCUGGCCACAGUCCUCAAGGGCAUCGACGGGGGCGUGGUGAAAGGCCUCGUCGGGCUAGAUGUCUUCAAGGCCACGUACGGCUACUACAAUGCAAGCAAGGGCGAGUACAUGUUGGCCGCCCAGUGGCUUUCGGCGUUCAACUACGCCAACCUCCUCGGCGCGAUCGUCGGCGCUCUUCUGUCGGCGGUCGCCUAUGAUCGGUUCGGGCCCCGGGUCAUGAUCGCUGUCUGCUCGGUCUGCUCGAUCGCGUUCAUCUUUAUCCAGUUCUACAGCGAGACGCCGGCGCAGCUGUUCGUCGGCCAGCUGGUCAACGGGUGCAUCAUCGCCUUCUACCCGAUCUGCGCCUCUGCCUAUGUCGGCGAGGUGACGCCGUUGGUUCUGAGGGGCUUCGCGGCGACAAUGACCAAUCUCGCCUUCAGCAUCGGCAGUCUCGUCGCCAGUGGGAUCCUCAAAGGCACCGAGCCGCUCGCGACGACGUUGUCGUACAAGAUCCCCAUCGCGUCGCAGUGGGCAUUGCCCCUGGUCAUGCUGAGCCUGGUCUACUUUGUGCCUGACCCGCCCUACUGGCUCGUACGUAAGGGCCGUACGGAGGAUGCGCUACAGAGUCUUCGCCGUCUGGCUGCUAGUGGUGUCGAUGUCGGCCACAAGCUGGCCCAUAUCCGCGAGACACUGCGGCUAGAAGAGAGCUUCAGCUUGCAGGGGUCGACCAGGCCCAGUUACCUCGAGUGCUUCCGCGGGCCGAAUCUCCGGCGACUGACGAUCUGCGUGAUGGCGUAUAGCAUGCAGGCGUUUACGGGAAACGUGUUUUUCAUCUCGUAUGCGGUGCACUUUAUGGAACUCGCGGGGCUGGAUGCGGCCGAUGCUUUCUCCAUGAAUCUGGGACUGACAGGCGUUGGAUUCCUGGGCACCUGCAUCUCCUGGUUCCUGCUUUCCUACCUUGGAAGACGGACGAUGUAUCUGUUCGGCUGCUGCUCGCUGGCACUUGUGCUCUUCGCCGUGGGCGCGGUGGACCUCGCCCCCCGGCAGGCGGCAGCGAGAUGGGCGCAAUGUGCGCUCAUGCUCCUCUGCACAUUCAUCUACGACCUCUCGCUGGGACCCUUCUGCUAUGUGCUGCUGGCGGAAGUAUCAUCUGCGAGACUGCGGGGCUUCACAAUUGCCUUGUCAACAGUCGCCUGUUUUGUGUGGAGUGUUGUCUUUGCGGUCGUGAUUCCGUAUGCGAUGAAUGAAGACCAGGGGAAUUGGCGCGGGAAGAUGGGGUUCUUUUUCGCUGGGACGAGUACAUUGUGCGCAGUUUACUGUUACUGGUGCUUGCCGGAGACUAGGGGGCGGACAUUUGAGGAGCUGGAUGUGCUGUUUGAGCAGAAGGUGCCGAGUCGGAAGUUUGCGAGCGCGACGGUGAACAUCAAUCUCUCUACAGACGAAGGCUCUCGUAGAGAAGCCAGAGUAUAAGGAUAGAGGACGAAAAGCCAUUCUAGCCUUACUAUCAUUACAGC